GCGACCUCCGCCCACCAUGCCCGAUACCCCCCCCCCGACUGAAGAGGGCCCCGCUCUUCGUCUGAGUGGACUUUAGAAGCCAUGUCGAACAGAUCCGGAGGAAAACCUCCCUGAUGUCAGAACGGUCCAUUCACUCGAUCCAACAGCUUGUUUUGAUGUCCUGCUUCUAGAGAGUUCUUCUUGCACACUAAUGCGGUCGACUGUUGGUUUGUUUUUUUCAUGAUGAGAUUAUUGCCGAAUGUUUUGUUGAAAGUCUUAAAAAUGUAUUAAACAGGGUUGAUCGGUUCCCAGGUCCGUUUUAAGUCAGCGAAGGGACCAUUCUUUUAAAAAGAGUCAAACGUUUUGAACAAGUGAAUAAACUCAACAAACAACUUUAACUUGCUAAGAUCUCCUAUUAUGCAAAUCUUGUGUUGGACGGUUAUUUUUUAUAAGCAGGAACCCCGACUGGAUAACAGGAGCAGCUUGAGACUCUGACAAUGACCUGAGUUCAGCCAACUGAGGAACCAGAGUCCACCACAGACUACAGACCUGAGGAACCAGAGUCCACCACAGACUACAGACCUGAGGAACCAGAGUCCACCACAGACUACAGACCUGAGGAACCAGAGUCCACCACAGAAUACAGACCUGAGGAACCAGAGUCCACCACAGACUACAGACCUGAGGAACCAGAGUCCACCACAGACUACAGACCUGAGAACCAGAGCUCGACCAGACUAAAGACCUGAGAACCAGAGCUCGACCAGACUACAGACCUGAGGAACCAGAGUCCACCACAGACUACCGACCUGAAUGAGAUGAUUCUACCAGGCAGAGGAGGAACGCCUUCAUAGCAUGUUGGUCUUGGGCAACGAGGUUACUCAUCGGUUUUAAAUGAUGUCAAGAAAAUCGACAAACACAGACUGCACUAAACUCUCCAGUGGACUGUUGCAUCUCGCUUUAGAAGUCCGUUUUUUGGGAUUAAGUUUUAAAAAGGACUUUGGAAAUGCGUUUCUCUUUUCAUGGUUCCUGGUUAUGUGGUCUGAGGACUCCCAGUGUAUAAAUGAUCCUUCUGUAAGAUGAUAGUAUUCUGAUUGAAUACGUUAACAUAGCCUAGUUCCUCAUGUAUCCUAUUAUAUAAAACCUUUACCUAACACAUGGAGUCGGUUGUUCAUUCCUGUGUUGUCUCUCUGUUUGGCUUUGUCUCUCCACAUAGUUACUGAAUAACUGCCCUUAGGGACAGUUAUUCAGUAACUACUGAGGAGUUACUGGUAAACAGACUAGGGGAUACUGCAUUAAUUCAUCAUUCUGUGAAUUAGCAAACUGACCAAUUUAUUCUGAAAGCAACUGAAUUUUCCUGGGAUUUCACAAUUAGUUAAAUUAGUUAAAUUAACAGGGCACAGACGGGUUGAUUGUCAUAUUUUAAUAAAGAUAUUCACAAUGCAUACAUUAAUAUUCACAUUUAAGGUUUAUUAUGUGGAGGUAGUAAUGUUAAAAGUGGUGGCAUUAGUAAUGUUAAAAUCUUAAAAGCAAUAGUCCACCGCUGCAGGGCACGCUUUAAACCUGCCGCCUUGGCUUCAAGCGCUGUCGAGGGCUGGCUUGGGUCCCACACCGGAUCGACUGCAGAGCUGGAUCGGACCGAUGGUGAGUUGUUACUCAUUCACAAACCAUUCGUUCACCAGUAGUGAAGCUUUUUUAAUAAUUUGUUCACCAUUCGUUUACCAGUAGUGAAGCUUUUUGUGUACCUUCAUGUAAAGUCAUGCAUCAUACAGAGUUGUUACUCUUUCGCGAACCAUUCGUUCAGCAGUAGUGAAGCUUUUUAAAUUAUUCGUUCACAAGUAGUGAAGCUUUUUUUAAUCAUUCGUUUACCAGUAGUGAAGCUUUUUGAAUCAUUCGUUUACCAGUAGUGAAGCUUUUUGAAUCAUUCGUUCACCAGUAGUUAAGCUUUUCGAACCAUAAUACAGUAUCCCCUUUACUGAAUAACUGUCACUUAGGGCCCCAGUUAGGGCCCCAGUUAGGGCCCCAGUUGUUCAUCAUUUGUUACUACUCAGUGACGAAUACAGUAUCCCCUAGUCCGUUUACCAGUAACUCCUCAGUAGUUACUGAAUGACUGUCACUUAGGGCCCCAGUUAGGGCCCCAGUUAGGUCGUUCAUCAUUCGUUCCUCAGUAACUAUCCACGUUGUUGCGCCCCUUAUUGUAAAGUGUUACCAUUGAUCAACACCACCUGCAUCCCCAGUGUGUUGACCUCCCCGACCUGUCGGACUGGGGUACAGGUUCUCUCUGGCUUCAUUUGUUCAUCCAUCAUGAUAGGUUUUAUAACCCUGUUGUAUCCAAACGAUCAUAGAGUAGUACUCACGGCCCGGGUGAAUGCAGCCCUGACCUUUCUCUAUAAAGAGCACUGGGGUAAUGAUCUACCGUAGAGGAUCCUGUGAGCGCUCUGGUCCGAGGCCUGGUCCCCCUCCUGCACCAGGGUUCAAAAUGCUGCAAAGGUAAAAAAAAAUACAGAAUAUCAUAAUAAAAAUUGUUAGUCACUUGUUCAUUGAUUUAUAUUGUACUCGCUAUGUAUGCACUAAUGUGGUUCCUAUAUAAUUAAUACCAUAUGUUUCGCAUGAAUAUAUUCCCAAAUAUGGCUAAAUACUUUAGGCCUACAAAUACAUUUAUUUUUGUUUCAAUCCCUUCAGUUCCGUCAUGUUGAGUUGAGCUGUAACCCAGCGGUCAGCUGACUGUCACCAGGAUUCCAUCCUCUAGGUGGGUUGUUCUAAAGCGCUCCAUAACGCUGGGUACUUACUGCACCGACUGGUCCCCUCGUACCACGAUGCUGUGAGCACUGAUGCCUUCUGCCCUCCCGGACGCAGACACCGGAGCUGGGCUCGUCUGAGAACCGCUCUGGGGUCGGGUAUCAUCUGAUUCCAUUUGCUCUGGACAUGUUGUGGGGGUUUAAUGGGGAGAGCCUCACUGUAUCCACCGUCCUCCCUGAACCCGUCCACGGGAGUGCUACCACGGGCUGUUCGCUGGGGUGAAUACCUUUGCCGAGAUGGUGGAGCUCCAAUCUGAUCACGUCUUCUUUAUAGGGGGCCGUGAGGACGGGCGCCGUGUGGCCCAGGCGGCGGCCCGCACCCUGAACCCCGUCACCCUGGUCCUGGGGGGGGGGAACCCGUGCUGCGUGUCGCGGUUCUACGGGCCGACCCCCCAGGACUCGCCCAGCGACGGGUGCAUGACGGGGCCCCAGAGCUUCAGCCAGACCCGGGACCUCUUGUGGAGGUCUGGGAAGGUGAUGGAGGCGGAGAGGUACAUCGUGCAUGCUACACUGUUCCCUGUUGCUAUCGUCGCUGCUGUCUGUCUCCCUGCAGCUCCGACCAUCCUGACGGACGCGGUGGAGGCGCACGCCGUCACGCAGCAGGGCGCCAGCGGCCCGGUGCUCCCCGUCCUCAGCGUGGCGGGCGUGGACGAGGCCGUGGCCUUCGUUGGGCGGCGGGAGAAGCCUCUGUGCGUGUACGUCUAAUACCCGCCCAGGAACACGCCUACCUCGAUACCACAUGUACGGAAUAUGGACAACUUAUAACAACUUAACGAUAAAAUCACGGUGUCUUGUACUGCUGGUAACGCCAGAAGAGGUCCAGUCUUGACUUAAAACAGUUAAAACUAUCAAUCAUGAUCCCAUUCUCAGGGAGUGAGUUCCUAUCAGCUACAAUUCUUUGGCUGAAGAACGAGCCUCGCACAUGGAGCCUGAACCACUGCUGGUGAAUCUUCUGCCUGUGGCCCCUCUUCUGUCCAUAACAUUCAUGACCCUGUACCCUGGUGUCCGCGCGUCGUCUGCUGUGCCUCAGUGAUGGUGGUUUGAGGUUGACCCCCACAUGACUCAGAGCCUCAGUGCGUCCCUCUGUUCACAGGAGGCUAG